UCCUCCUCCUCCUCCUCCUCCUCAUCCCUCCGAGCCCUCCAGCAGCCUCACUCAGCUCCCCGCAGCCCCCACCGAAGCCCCCACCGCUCGGUGCCGGCCGCCCCCCCACCAUGGCCGGCCGCAGCUUUGGGCUCUCGCUGCUCCUCCACGCCUGCCUCUGCCUGGCCCAGCUCCGAGGGCCACCAGGAGAGCCUGGCCCGCGUGGCCCCCCCGGUCCGCCAGGAGUGCCGGGAGCGGAUGGCAUUGACGGUGACAAAGGCUCGCCUGGAGCCCCCGGCUCUCCGGGUGCCAAGGGGGAGCCCGGAGCCCCCGGUCCCGAUGGGCCCCCAGGGAAGCCGGGCAUCGACGGCCUCACGGGAGCAAAAGGGGAGCCUGGACCCAUGGGGGGGCCAGGACUGAAGGGCCAGCCCGGACUCCCAGGGCCACCGGGGCUCCCCGGCCCCUCGCUGCCAGGACCGCCCGGGCUUCCAGGCCAGGUUGGACUCCCCGGGGAGAUCGGAGCGCUGGGACCCAAGGGUGACCCAGGACCCGACGGCCCGCGGGGUCCCCCAGGCCCCCCAGGAAAACCCGGCCCCCCAGGACACAUCCAAGGACUGGAGGGCAGCGCUGAUUUCUUGUGCCCGACCAACUGCCCGCCGGGUCCCAAGGGCCCCCAAGGACUGCAGGGACUGAAGGGACACAGAGGUCGUCCCGGUGCCCUGGGAGAGCCUGGCCAGCAGGGCAGGCAGGGUCCCAAGGGUGACGUCGGCGUCUCCGGAGAGCAAGGCAUCCCAGGCCCUCCAGGACCACAGGGCCAGCGGGGCUACCCGGGGAUGGCAGGACCCAAGGGCGAGACGGGUCCUGCUGGCUACAAGGGGAUGGUGGGGACCAUCGGCGCGGCCGGGCGGCCGGGCAGGGAAGGCCCCAGAGGACCUCCAGGGGAGCCGGGCGAGAAGGGAGAGCUGGGUGGCCGCGGGAUCAGGGGACCCCAAGGAGACAUCGGCCCCAAGGGGGAGAACGGUCUCCCAGGCAUCGAUGGCAAGGACGGCACCCCGGGCAUCCCCGGCGUGAAGGGCAGCGCAGGACAGCCCGGCCGCCCGGGGCCUCCGGGACACCGGGGACAGGCUGGUUUGCCGGGCCAGCCGGGAAGCAAAGGUGGCCCAGGAGAUAAGGGCGAAGUGGGUGCUCGGGGCCAGCCAGGCAUCACCGGCGCCCCGGGGCAGCUGGGUGAACCUGGCCCUCGUGGCGAGCAGGGACCGCAGGGUGUCCCUGGACCAAAGGGUGACCGGGGUGAGCGUGGCCUCGUGGGUGCCCCCGGGGAGCAGGGCAGAGCGGGGCCCAAGGGUGAGCAGGGGCCACCAGGAAUCCCAGGACCCCAAGGCUUGCCAGGAGUCAAAGGAGACAAGGGCUCCCCAGGGAAAACCGGCCCCAAAGGUGGCAUCGGUGACCCCGGCGUUCACGGCCUUGCGGGGGUGAAGGGCGAGAAGGGUGAAUCAGGCGAGCCGGGACCAAAGGGGCAGCAAGGUAUCCAAGGCGAGCUCGGCUUCCCCGGCCCCUCGGGGGACGCGGGCGCACCGGGUGUGCGGGGCUACCCGGGUCCUCCUGGCCCCCGAGGACUCGUCGGGGAGCGCGGCGUGCCAGGGAUGCCCGGCCAGCGGGGCGUAGCGGGCCGGGACGCCGGGGACCAGCACAUCGUCGACGUGGUGCUGAAGAUGCUGCAAGAGCAGCUGGCGGAGGUGGCCGUGAGCGCCAAGAGAGCUGCCCUGGGGGGAGCCGGUGCCAUGGGCCCCCCCGGCCCACCAGGACCCCCGGGUCCACCUGGGGAGCAAGGCCCACACGGCCCCAUGGGACCUCGAGGUGUCCCCGGCAUCCUGGGGGCCGCCGGGCAGAUCGGCAACAUCGGACCCAAAGGAAAGCGUGGAGAGAAAGGUGAGCGGGGAGACAUCGGCCGCGGACACCCAGGGAUGCCGGGACCCCCAGGGAUCCCAGGUCUCCCCGGCAUCCCCGGCCACGCUCUGGAUGGCAAAGACGGGGAGCGGGGUCCCCCAGGAGCCCCAGGGGAUGCUGGCCGCCCCGGUUUACCCGGCCCCACGGGGUUACCGGGUUUCUGCGAGCCGGCUGCCUGCCUCGGAGCCUCUGCCUACGCCUCGGCGCGCCUGACGGAGCCGGGGGCUGUCAAGGGACCCCUGUACUGAGGGGACCCAGGGACCCAAAACUGCAACCCCCUAGGAAGCCACCUCUGCGCCAUCCCGGCCCCGAGGGCUGCACAAAGUGGGGAGCCCAUAGGAGGGAGGGUGUAGGGUCGGGGGGACCCCCGGUUGGGGGCAGAUUUCCCCCCCCCCCCCAGCAGCUGGGGUCGGGGUGAGGAACAAAGGGACAUCGUCCCCGUGCCCGUCCUUGGUGCUGGGGCUCGCCACCGGCCCCUCUGCCCCUCCCUGUGCCCAUCCCAAAGAAAUAAAUCGACUUUUAUACAAACCCUCUCGCUCUGGUAUGUCCUGUUUGGGGCUGGAGGGGAGGGGUUGGUGCUGAUUCCCCCCUUGUCUUCCUUUUUAUUUUAUUAUUUUUUUAAUUAAAAAGCAGAAAUUGUGGUUUGACUAUUUAAGAUGUGCCAGAGCCAGCCUUGUCCACUGCCGGGCUCAGGCAGCUGUAAAUCUGUGUAAAAUAGGAUUAUUUUAUAACGAUGAAUAGAAAACCGCCAACUUUUUAAGAACUGGACAAUAAAAAGGAGAUGGAUUGGUAAUGAACUGA